AUGGUCAUUCUUUACACUUGCGUUAUUAUGGAUAGAAAGAUCAUGGCAGAAUAUCCAACCGGAAAGAAGGAUAUGAUGCAAUUGAUCAACAAUUUAUUAGAAUACAUUCCUAAUCGUGAACACAAAAAAUCGUUGAAUUACGAAAGUAAAAAUCUACGUAUUCACUAUGAAUGUAUGGAUGAGGAUGAAAAGGAACCAACACAUCGAUACUUUACAAUCAUUUCAGUAACUGAUGAAAUGACACCGUACAGAGUUGUGUUUGGAUUGAAGAGUGGAUUUUUCAAAGAUUUACAAAAGGAAGUUCGUUCAAAAUACACUAAAGGAGCAAGAAAUCAAAAGAACUCUCAAUUGAGAUCUUUUAUUCAACAGAAAAUGACUGAAUGGAAUGAUCCAAACAAAGAUAAAUUGACUCAUUUGGGAUAUGAAAUCUCAAAGAAUAAGAGCAAGAUGAUUGAAAAUAUUGACAAAAUUUUACAAAAUCACGAAAGAAUGGAUUCUUUAAUGGACAGAACAGCUCUUUUGGUCGACAAUUCAGACCACUUCCAAAAGCAAGCUAAAAAAUUGAAAUCUGUCGUUUGUUGGAAUAAUUGUAAAUUGCUCAUUAUUCUAAUUGGUGUUCUUGCAGUUAUUGCAUUCAUUGGUAUUUGGUUAGGUUGUGGUUUCCCAGAUUUCAAACGUUGUGCAGUUGGUGAUACCAACACUGAUAGUACUGUUAUUUAA